UCAUCACACAGGCGAGACAAGGACAGACAGAGAAGGAGAAUGGAAAAUGCCAGCUCCAGCCAACAGGCGGCUCUGUCUGAGACCCCCACACUCUUCACACAGGAAGAGCUCAGCAAACUGAAUUCUGAGUUCGAAACGGGAGGUGUGGAAAAGGUUCAACCUCUGCUGGAGAAGAAGGUGAAAGAACUGGACAACACGGAGCUGAACAUCGCCGUGACGGGAGACACGGGUGCAGGAAAAUCCACCUUCAUCAACGCCAUGAGAGGGCUUCGUAAACAAAAUGUGGGAGCGGCUGCGGUUGGGACCACGGAAACUACAAUGGAGCCAAACGGAUACCCACAUCCCAAUCUGCCCAAUGUCCGCUACUGGGACCUGCCGGGGAUCGGAACUACACGAUUCACCGCGGGUUCUUACCUGAAGGAAAUGCAAUUUGAAAAAUAUGAUUUCUUCAUCAUAGUGUCAGCUGGUCGAUUCAGAGAGAAUGAUGCAAAACUUGCCAAGGAGAUUAAGCGGCUGGGGAAGGAGUUCUAUUUUGUCCUUUUCAAGAAGAAUAUGUAUGAUUUCCCUCGGUUUAUGGAAGCACUUGCAGAUGGUUUACCAAAUAUAAAGGAAUCUAUCUUUGUCCUGGCCCUUCCCAACAUCAGUGUGCAGAUUAUUUGGAAGAAACGUGAGGUGUUGGAGAAACGUAUCUGGAUGUUGGCGAUCAUGUCGGCCGGAGUGGGAGCGAUCCCAGUCACGGGUCUCUCUGCCGCCUGUGACAUGGAUGAUGUCAAUGCCCGUAAAUGCCUGUGUCUGGAUGAUGCUGCUCUCCGCAGAGUGGCCGAGAGAACAGGCAAGUCCGUGGAAGAUCUGAAAGCCGCAGCACAAUCACCCCUACUGGGAGAAAUAACUACACCCGUUAUAGUCAGGAUGGGUUUAGGUGCAGUCGUCGUCGCUGUUUCAGUCGUGGAAACCGCUCUUUACUUAGUCCCAGGAAUUGGUUCAGUUAUUGGAGGCGGGACAUCAUUUCUGAUGACCUACUCGACCCUGAGUAAGGCGCUGCAGCUUCUGGUCGAGUGCGCAGAGAAGGUGCUCGCUGUUGCCAAAGGCGCUGAAACCACCCGACAAGCAGCAAUAAACCAGUUCUCAUUCAGCAGCAACACAUUCCAAUGCAUCUACUUUGGUAUCAAUGUGAACUGGAAAGUCAGCGCCUCCAUUAGAGUGAGCCUGGCAGCGAGUGUCUGGGAAGGACGUUUCUCUCCAGGACGGGAAACUUCCAGUGUGGGGGAAAGUGGGAACGUGUCUGAGAACCUGUCACUUGUCUUAUUCCCAGUAAUCUUCACCAAGGAAGAGAUCAAAACUGGAGGUGUGAAAAAGAUUAAACAUCUGCUACAGAAGAAGGUGAAAGAACUGGACAACACCGAGUUGAACAUCGCCGUGACGGGAGACACGGGUGCAGGAAAAUCCACCUUCAUCAACGCCAUGAGAGGGCUUCGUAGCGAAGAUGAGGGAGCGGCUGCGGUUGGGACCACGGAAACUACAAUGGAGCCAACCGGAUACCCACAUCCCAAUCUGCCCAAUGUCCGCUACUGGGACCUGCUGGGGAUCGGAUCUAGACGAUUCACCGCGGAUUCCUACCUGACGGAAAUGCAGUUUAAAAAAUACGAUUUCUUCAACAUUGUGUCAGCUUGUCGAUUCACAGAGAAUGAUGCAAAUCUUGCCAAGGAGAUUAAGCGGCUGGGGAAGGAGUUCUAUUUUGUCCGCUCUAAGAUUGACGCUGACCUUGAUUCAAUGCAGCAGCAACGGGAUGAAUUUGAUGAAGAUGCAGAAAUGGGAAAGACCCGGAGUGACUGCGUCAGUCAGUUGGGAAAGGCCGGGAUCCCCGAUCCCAAUGUGUUCCUGAUUUCCAGUUUCAUGAAGAAUAUGCAUGAUUUCCCUCGGUUAAUGGAAGCACUGGAAUAUGAAGAACCCUGUCUUUGUCCUGGCCCUUCACAAACUCAGUGUGGAGAUUACACGGAUGAAAGAAGACCAAAAGGGAGAGUCUUCAUCGCUAAAGCAUGGCGAUGUAUCUUGCAGUGGGUGAAGGAGACAUGGGGAGCGACAUUCUUCAGGAAAGCUUUGAAGCCAGAUCUGCAUCCGACCAUGGAAGGUGCCCCAUCUGUUCACGCCCCAACAAGGUGUUCCCAGCCAAGCUCGUGUUUGAUGAGGAAGGCUUCCUGCAUUCUGAACGCAUCUUCUCCGAGAGUGGUAGUGGCCAAUGGCUCCGAAUACAGGUACACCUCCUUCAUGGCUUCUCCAUCGAGGUAA